CUACGCUUCUGGUGCCGCGGAAUCAUAAGUAGCCCGGCGGCCGCUACAUGUAUUCCUCGAAAUCAAUGUCUCGCCCGGGUCCAGUCCAGUCCAGACUUCAAAGCAGCGAGGUCGACAACGGGUUCAAGCUGUCCGUCCUUGUCUGUCUGUCGUCUUGAUCCAGGCUCUUCAGUCGCGCGCUCCUGACUCCUGACUCCUGACGCCGCUGCCCGGCACCGGCCCUCACCAUGCGCUUCUUCACCGUCUCAACCCUCCUCGCCCUCCUCCCGGGCCUCUCCUCGGCCGUCCACCUCACCGGCUAUGACUUCAUCGUUGUCGGCUCCGGCGCCGGCGGAGGGCCCCUCGCCGCCCGCCUCGCCCUGGCCGGGCACAAGACGCUGCUCCUCGAGGCAGGCGACGACCAGGGGCAAAACACAAACUACACCGUCCCCGCGUACUCGGCGCGCGCGUCCGAAGACGGGGCCCUGGCGUGGGAUUUCUUCGUGCGGCACUACGCCGACGAUGCCCGCCAGGCGCGCGACUACAAGACGUCGUACCGCACCAAGGAGGGCGGCAUAUACACGGGCCUGAGCCCCCCCGCGGGCGCCGAGAUGCUCGGCACGCUGUAUCCCCGGACGGGCACCCUCGGCGGGUGCACGACGCACAACGCCCUCGUGGCGAUAUACCCGCACCGCUCCGACUUUGAGCACAUCGCCUCGCUGACGGGCGACGCGUCGUGGUCCCCCGACAACAUGCGCAAGUACUUUGUGCGCAUGGAGCAUAACCGCUACCUGCUCCCGCUUCUCGCAAAGAGCAAGGGCCACGGCUUCGACGGCUGGCUGUCCACGGAGACGGCGCCCCUGACCAUCCCGCUCGAGGACCCCCAGCUGCUCAGCCUCGUGCUCGGCGGCACGUUUGCGCUCGGCAACUACACCCACACGAUCUUCAACCUCGCCUCGGUACUCGCCGGCGACGCCAACGCCGACUCGGCCGCCCGCGACAGGGACGGCGGGUACUACAUGAUCCCCAUCUCGGCGGGCGGCGGCGUGAGGGUCGGGUCCAGGGACUUUGUCGUCACGGUCCGCGACGCCAAGAACGCGGACGGCAGCAAGAAAUACCCCCUGGACGUGCGGCUCAACGCGCACGUCACCAAGAUUCUGUUUGACGAGAGCGGUGACUCAGAGCCACGCGCCACGGGCGUAGAGUUUCUCGACGGACAGUAUCUCUACAAGGCGAGCCCGCGGCAUCGGGCGGGCGACAAGGGCACCCCCGGCUCCGCCUCGGCCAAGCACGAAGUCAUCAUCGCGGGCGGCGCGUACAACUCCCCGCAGCUCCUCAAGCUGAGCGGCGUGGGGCCCGCGGCCGAGCUCUCCCGCUUCGGCAUCAAGGUCGUCAAGGACCUGCCCGGCGUCGGCACCAACCUGCAGGACCAUUACGAGGUCGUCGUGCAGGGCAGCGUGCCCAAGGACUUUGCCGCGCUCAAGGGGUGCACCUUCAAGGACGACCCUGCCGAGGACGCCUGCCUGAACCGCUGGCAGCAUCCCGUCCUCAACAACCGCGGCACCUACGCCUCCAACGGCCUGGCCGUGUCCAUGCUCUUCAAGUCCUCCGCGUCGGCCACCCCCGAGUACGACGCCUUUGUGUUCGGCGGGCCCGUCAACUUCCGCGGCUACUUCCCCGGCUAUAGCAUCAACAUCACCGCCCGGCACGACACCUUUAGCUGGGCGAUCCUCAAGUCCCACCCGCGCAACACCGCGGGGUCCGUCACCCUGCGCUCCGCCGACCCCCUCGACGUCCCGGACAUUGUCUACAACUACUUCGACACGGGCGUCGGCGACGCGGCCGCCGACCUCCAGGCCCUGCGCGAGUCCAUUACCCUUGCCCGCGAUGCCUUUAAGCGCCAGCUCGUGCCUGUUAAGGAGAUACUGCCCGGUUCCGAGGUCAAGUCCGAGGAGCAGAUGGACGACUACAUCAGGGACACGGCCUGGGGGCACCACGCAAGCUCGACCUGCCCCAUCGGACGCGCGGACGAUCCCAUGGCCGUCCUCGACUCUAGCUUCCGAGUCUAUGGAGUCAAGGGCCUCAGGGUCGUGGACGCGAGCGUCUAUCCGCGGAUUCCGGGCACCUUUACCGCCGUGUCGACGUUCAUGGUCGGUGAAAAGGCGGCAGACGUCAUUUUGAGCCAGAUGGCAAAGUGAAGGAAGCAACAUUUAUGCAGAGACGCGGUGAUACUGGCUACAUACACAUAGAUUUGUCUUAAUGUACUACUUUGUUUAAGCCAACGAGCUUAAGCAGCGCAAAC